AUGGCUUGGUCCAGGUAUAGGCCCUCCGCGGCCGGGAAGUCGCCGGUCGCCAGCUCCUGGGAGCUUACACCGCAGCUCUUCAUCUUCAUCGCGAGUCUCCACAUCUUCUCCUUCUCCUUAUUGAACAAGUCCCGGCUCCGCCGCCACACCGUCACUGAGGAGGGCUUGAGGAGCUCGUCAGAUCCGAAGACCCUGGAGCUCCGGAAAGGCGGGAUCUCCACCGCAGAGCACCGGACAAGAAAAAAAAGAAGGAAACUAUCAAUGGCGAGGCUGAGCUCCGUCCUCCUAGUCCUGGCCGCCCUUCUCUCCGUCCUCGUCUGCCGGGCCGGUGCAGCGGAGAAGACCGGGCAGAUCACCGUGUUCUGGGGCCGGCACGCGGACGAGGGCACUCUGGGAGACGCCUGCAACUUCGACGGCAUCUACACCACGGUCGUCAUGGCCUUCCUGAACGUGUACGGCCACGGCAAGUACCAGCUGGACCUCUCGGGCCACCCGGUCGCCGGCGUGGGCGACGACAUCAAGCACUGCCAGUCCCUGGGCAUCCCGGUCUUCCUCUCCGUCGGCGGCUUCGGAGGCGACUACGGGCUCCCGACGAACCAGUCCGCGGUCGACCUCGCAGACCACCUCUGGUACUCGUACCUGGGUGGCACCCGCGCGGGCGUGCCCCGGCCCUUCGGCGACGCGCGGUUGGACGGCAUCGACUUCUUCUUCGAGCGCGGCGGCGCCGGGGAGCACUACGAGGUGCUGGCCAGGGAGCUUGCCAAGCGCAAGAGCACCCGUGGCGGUGACGGCGGGCCGCCGCUGCGGCUGACGGCGACGCCGCGGUGCGCGUUCCCGGACGGGCGCGCACUCGUGGGGCGGGCGCUCGCGACUGGGGUGUUCGAGCGCAUCCACGUGAGGUUCUACGACUACCCGAACUGCACGGCGUGGAUCGAGGACGCGUGGAACCAGUGGACGGCGGCGUACCCGGGCAGCAAGGUCUUCCUGGGCCUGACGGCGUCGUACACGGACGCGUGCUACCUGGAGCGCAAGGCGGUGUUCGACAUCGUGAUGCCGAUCGUGCAGAAGCCGGACAACUACGGCGGCGUCAUGCUCUGGGACCGCUACAACGACGAGCAGAACGGUAACCAUUACAGCAGCUACGUCAAGAACUGGGUUUGA